UGUGUCUGCCCUGCUCAGUGAAUGGAGAGAAGGAGAACCGUCCAGCUCGCUCGCCCACCCCGUGCCCCCGCUACUCCUGCAGACGCCGCCGCCAGCACCACCCGCCGCGCUCUGCACAGCCUGCCCUAGCCAAUCCCUCACCCCCCAGCCCCGGCUUCAGCGCCAGGAUCCCAGCUAGUUAUUCGCCUUCCCACCUGGGCAGGUUGGGCGAUGCGGAGCGGGGCAGCCCGAGCCCCGUGGAUGGAGCCCCCGCUACCCCGUGCGCCCCUCUCCACCGGCGUCCCGUGCGCCUGAGUUCAGGACUGUCCCCGUUCCCCGGCACCCCUCCUCCGAGCCUCCGAGGGCCCCCUGCCCCGCCCCCUCAGGCAGAAGCGCCGGUUCUCUAGCGCCUAGACUCCCUCCCUUUCUCCCUCCCCCGCCUGAGGCCGCCCCCGGCUGCGCUGCGUUGCGCUGCGCCCAGCUGCCGGCUCUCUGCUUCGCCGCAGCCUUCCCCGCUGCAGCCACCACUCCAGCGGCUGCGCUCGGCUGCAUUCCGGCCGGCGGGACGGUCUCCUCCGGGCCCCGAGUGCUGCGCUGCGGACACAAGCGCGGCCAGCCUGGGCCCCCGGGCAGCAUGGCCCCCAGUCGGACAGAAGCCGGCUCCGCGCGCCUCUGGCGGGCGCUGGCGCUGGUGCUUUCACUGGCAAGCGCCUUGAGCUGGACCCCAGCCUCAGCCUGCCCCACCAAGUGUACCUGUUCGGCCGCUAGCGUGGACUGCCACGGGCUGGGCCUCCGGGCGGUGCCCAGAGGGAUCCCUCGCAACGCUGAACGCCUUGACCUGGACAGAAAUAAUAUCACCAGAAUCACCAAGACAGACUUUGCAGGGCUCAAGAAUCUCCGAGUUUUGCAUCUUGAAGAAAACCAGGUCAGUGUGAUAGAAAGAGGGGCCUUCCAAGAUCUGAAGCAAUUGGAACGCUUGCGGUUGAACAAGAAUAAACUACAAGUCCUCCCAGAAUUGCUUUUCCAGAAUACCCUGAAGUUAACCAGAUUAGAUCUGAGCGAGAACCAGAUUCAGGGAAUCCCGAGGAAGGCUUUCCGAGGCAUCACUGAUGUGAAGAACCUGCAACUGGACAACAACCAGAUCAGCUGCAUUGAAGAUGGAGCCUUCAGAGCCCUACGUGAUUUGGAGAUCCUUACCCUCAACAACAACAACAUCAGCCGCAUCCCGGUCACCAGCUUCAACCAUAUGCCAAAGAUCCGUACCCUGCGACUCCACUAUAAUCACCUGUACUGUGACUGCAGCCUGGCCUGGCUUUCUGAUUGGCUGCGGCAGAGACGAUCGAUUGGCCAGUUCACCCUCUGCAUGGCUCCUGUGCACCUGAGGGGCUUCAGUGUAGCUGAUGUUCAGAAGAAAGAAUAUGUGUGCACAGGCCCUCACUCAGAGCCUCCAUCCUGUAGCGUCAAUUCGAUAUCAUGUCCAUCUGCAUGUACCUGUAGCAACAAUAUUGUGGAUUGUAGAGGAAAAGGCUUGACAGAAAUCCCAGCCAACUUGCCAGAGGGCAUCGUGGAAAUACGCCUGGAACAGAAUUCCAUUAAAUCCAUCCCUGCAGGAGCCUUCACACAGUACAAGAAGCUAAAAAGGAUAGACAUCAGCAAGAAUCAGAUCUCCGACAUUGCACCAGAUGCAUUCCAGGGCUUAAAAUCCCUCACCUCGCUAGUUCUAUAUGGAAACAAGAUCACCGAGAUUGCCAAGGGCUUAUUCGAUGGACUGGUGUCCCUGCAGUUGCUGCUUCUCAAUGCCAAUAAGAUCAAUUGUCUACGGGUAAAUACAUUCCAAGAUCUGCAUAACCUCCACCUGCUCUCCCUGUAUGACAAUAAACUGCAGACCAUCAGCAAAGGUCUCUUUGCUCCUCUUCAGUCCAUCCAGACACUACAUUUAGCCCAAAACCCAUUUGUGUGCGACUGCCACUUGAAGUGGCUGGCUGACUACCUCCAGGAUAACCCAAUCGAGACGAGCGGGGCCCGCUGCAGCAGCCCGAGGCGCCUCGCCAACAAGCGCAUCAGCCAAAUCAAGAGCAAGAAGUUCCGCUGCUCAGGUUCUGAGGACUAUCGGAACAAGUUCAGUGGGGAUUGCUUCAUGGAUCUCGUGUGUCCCGAGAAGUGUCGCUGUGAAGGCACCAUCGUGGAUUGCUCCAACCAGAAACUGGUCCGGAUCCCAAACCACAUCCCAGAAUAUGUGACUGACCUACGCCUAAAUGACAAUGAAAUCUCUGUCCUUGAAGCUACUGGGAUCUUCAAGAAGCUGCCUAAUCUAAGGAAGAUAAAUCUGAGUAACAACAAGAUCAAGGAGGUGCGGGAAGGUGUCUUUGAUGGGGCAGCCAACGUACAGGAACUGAUGCUGACAGGAAACCAGCUGGAGCUGGUACAUGGACGAAUGUUCCGCGGGCUCACCAGCCUCAAGACAAUGAUGCUUCGGAGCAACCUAAUCAGCUGUGUAAACAAUGACACCUUUGCUGGACUGAGCUCAGUGAGGCUACUGUCCCUCUAUGACAACAGGAUUACCACCAUCACCCCAGGAGCCUUCACCACACUUGUCUCCCUGUCAACCAUAAAUCUGCUUUCCAACCCCUUCAAUUGCAACUGCCAUCUGGCAUGGCUAGGGAAGUGGUUGAGGAAGAGAAGAAUUGUCAGUGGGAAUCCUCGGUGCCAGAAGCCAUUCUUCCUCAAGGAGAUCCCCAUCCAGGACGUGGCCAUCCAAGACUUUACCUGUGAUGGUAAUGAUGAGAGCAGCUGCCAGGUGGCCCCCCGCUGUCCAGAGCAGUGUACCUGUAUGGAGACAGUGGUACGUUGCAGCAACAAAGGGCUUCGGGUCCUGCCCAAAGGCAUCCCCAAGGAUGUGACCGAGCUGUACCUGGAAGGAAACCAUUUAACAACUGUACCCAAAGAGCUGUCCAACCUCAGACACCUGACAUUGAUUGACUUGAGCAAUAACAGCAUCAGUGUCCUGACCAAUUAUACCUUCAGCAACAUGACUCAGCUCUCCACACUCAUCCUGAGCUACAACCAGCUGCGGUGCAUUCCAGUCCAUGCAUUUAAUGGCCUACGGUCUCUUCGAGUGUUAACUCUUCAUGGCAAUGACAUUUCCAGUGUUCCUGAGGGCUCAUUUAAUGACCUGACCGCUCUUUCUCAUCUGGCCCUGGGAACCAACCCCCUGCACUGUGACUGCAACCUACGCUGGCUUUCAGAGUGGGUGAAGGCAGGCUAUAAAGAACCAGGAAUUGCCCGCUGCAGCAGCCCUGAGCACAUGGCAGACAGACUCUUGCUGACAACACCCACCCAUCGCUUCCAGUGUAAAGGUGCAGUGGACAUCAGCAUUGCAGCCAAGUGUAACCCCUGCCUCUCUAGUCCAUGCAAGAACAAUGGAACAUGUAGCGCAGAUCAGACAGAGCUGUACCGCUGUUCCUGUCCUUAUGGCUAUAAGGGCCGGGAUUGCAACAUGCCCAUCAACACGUGCAUCCAGAACCCCUGCCAGCAUGGAGGGACCUGCCAUCUCAGCGAGACCAAUCCGAAUGGAUUCAGCUGUUCCUGUCCUCUGGGCUUCGAGGGGGAGCGAUGUGAGAUCAACCCAGAUGAUUGUGAAGAUAAUGAUUGCGAGAACAACUCCACCUGUUUGGAUGGAAUCAACAAUUAUGUGUGUGUGUGCCCACCCAACUAUACAGGAGAGUUAUGUGAUGAAGUCAUUGACCACUGCGUCCCCGAGAUAAGCCUGUGCCAGCACGAAGCCAAGUGUGUCUCCCUGGACAAAGGAUUCAGGUGCGAGUGUCCCCCCGGCUUUAGCGGGAAGCUCUGUGAGACCGACGACGAUGACUGUGUGGCCCACAAAUGCCGUCACGGGGCCCAGUGUGUAGACGCUGUCAAUGGCUACACCUGCAUCUGCCCCCAGGGCUUCAGUGGGCUCUUCUGUGAGCACCCCCCACCCAUGGUGCUGCUGCAGACCAGCCCCUGUGACCAGUACGAGUGCCAGAACGGGGCCCAGUGCAUCGUGGUGCAGCAGGAACCCACCUGUCGCUGCCUGGCCGGCUUCGCGGGGCAGAGGUGUGAGAAGCUCAUCACCGUCAACUUUGUGGGCAAGGAUUCUUAUGUGGAGCUGGCCUCUGCCAAGAUCCGGCCCCAAGCCAACAUCUCCCUGCAGGUGGCCACGGACAAGGACAACGGCAUCCUCCUCUACAAAGGGGACAAUGACCCCUUGGCACUGGAGCUAUACCAAGGACAUGUGAGACUGGUCUAUGACAGCCUGAGUUCUCCCCCCACUACAGUGUACAGUGUGGAGACUGUGAAUGAUGGGCAGUUUCACAGCGUGGAGCUUGUGGUGCUGAACCAGACCUUGAACCUGGUGGUGGACAAAGGCGCGCCCAAGAGUUUGGGCAAACUCCACAAACAGCCGACAGUUGGCACCAACACUCCCCUCUACAUUGGAGGAAUACCCACCAGCACAGGCCUCUCAGCCUUGCGCCAAGGCACAGACCGAACCCUAGGGGGCUUCCAUGGCUGCAUCCAUGACGUUCGCAUCAAUAACGAGCUCCAGGAUUUCAAGGCCCUGCCCCAACAAUCCCCAGGCGUCUUCCCUGGCUGCAAGUCAUGUACCAUCUGCAAGCAUGGCAUGUGCCGUUCUGUGGAGAAGGGCAGCGUGGUCUGCGAGUGCCACCCAGGCUGGACAGGGCCUCUGUGUGACCAAGAAACUGGAGAUUCCUGCCUUGGCCACAGGUGUGUCCAUGGAAAGUGUGUGGCUUCGGGCUCCACAUACACAUGCAGGUGUGCCGAGGGCUACGUGGGAGCCUCUUGCGACCAGAGAAACGACUCAGUCAGCCCCUGCAGGGACUUCAAGUGUUUCCAUGGCCAGUGCCGCAUCUCCGAAAGGGGGCAACCCUACUGCGAGUGUGAGCCCAGCUUCAGCGGGGAGCACUGUGAACGAGAGCACCCAUGCCAGGGGGAGGUGGUUCGAGAGGUGAUCCGGCGGCAGCAGGGCUAUGCGUCAUGUGCCACAGCCUCUAAGGUGCCCCUGAUGGAAUGUCGCGGGAGCUGUGGCUCCCAGUGCUGUGUUCCCACACGCAGCAAGCGGCGGAAAUACGUCUUCCAGUGUACAGACGGCUCCUCGUUCGUGGAGGAGCUGGAGAGACAUGUGGAGUGUGGGUGUCAAAAAUGUUCCUAAUCCAUCUUCCCCAAAUCUCCACCACUGUGAGGAGGCAGAGAUUGCCAGACACCGGCUCAAUGGGGAUGUCAAGCAUGGGACUUUGUUACUUUGAGUGAAGAGGAAGAAGAAGAGAAAUAUUAAGUAUAUUGUAAAAUAAACAAAAAAUAGAACUUAUUUUUAUUAUGGAAAGUGACUAUUUUCAUCUUUUAUUAUAUAAAGUAUCACACCAUUUGAGUAUAUGUAUCAUAUAGUGAGUUAUUUUUACUGAGGUUUUUGUUUUGUGUUGUUGUUUUUUUAACAGUUGUUUAAAAUUUUAAGAAAAUGACUAAUAAAAAAUUUUUAAAGGAUAAUAAAGAAGUCAUAGCCUACCCAAGAAGUAGGGGAAAUUUUAUAUGCUUAUGCAACAGAACCAUGUCAGAGGAGAUCCAGGCAAUACUGAAGUCCUGGGUGGAAACCGUAUAGGAAAACAGAAGGGGGAAAAUAAAAAAUCUUUCCCUUCCUUCCUUGCUUGCUUCCUUCCUUCCUUCUUUCCUUCCUUCCUGAGAACCACCUAGAUCCCAGGAGAAACCAUACUAACAAUGCUCCAUAUUCAUCCAUUAUCUAGAUAUUCUCCUGAGUUUUUUCCUGAUCUCGCCCAUGCUCCAUAUUCAUCCAUUAUCUAGAUAUUCUCCUGAGUUUUUUCCUGAUCUCGCCCUUUCUAUUGUUUGUAUUCUGAUUUGGUCUCAGGCCUUUCCUUCACCUCCUCACCUCAUAUCUAGACCCCAAAAUUCAAGUAGAUCCAAGAGGCAGGGUAGCUUGAUAUUCCUUUCCCACCAGAUGUAGAUUAUUCCAUUUCAAGCCAUAGGCCUAAUGGACAGAUCUGUACUAAUUAAGUCAAUCAACAAACAUUUAUUAAAUGCUAUAUAUCAGGCACUGCACUAAGUAACCACUAGAGAUAAAAAGAUAGAAGAAAUUGUGGGUCAUGGGGCCUUAGAGCAUCUUUCUGAGGACUUGCUAAUCAUCCGUUCUGUUCAAGUCUCCCCAAGGAGCUCUGCCAGUCGGCUAGAGCCAGCCUCCUCUGUUUCACGUACUGGGGAGUAGGCAGCCUGUGUGGUUGGUAUGGUACAGAAAUACCAUAGAAUUAUAGAACUUUAUAGCUCUUUUAUUCCAACGCCUUCAUUUUACUGGAGAAAUGUCACUAAGGAACCUGAGGGCCACAGAGGGAGAGUAACCCGUCCAUAAUAACACAGCUAAUUAGCAAAAGAACCCAGGAGCUGGAACCCAAGUUUCUAGAUCCAUGAUGCUUUUUCCUUUGCCAAUUGAUAGAGCAACUAGAAAGAACAUAAAAUUCCCCUUUUUACUUACAUACACGCUCUUUUCUUUUAUCUCACAUCUGUCAAAUUUUUUCUAUCAUAGAUCCAAGAAACUACCUGAAAUGACUAGGAAAAAUGCUAUCCCUGGGGUACUCAGCUAUGUUUCUAGUUUGGCUAAAUCAGCCAUGUGACAGACCCUCUGAGAAGGUUAAUAAAAGGUAUCAGGCAACUCUGGGGUUAAGCAAUUGGCCCAGAUCCCAGAUCUUGAAGCAGACCAUCUUUAAAGGCUAUUUCUCUGUCUCAGUAACUAGUUCUAAUACAAAGAAAGGGGGGAAAGGUGUCUUAUAACAAUUAUAUAAUGGUGCCACUGCCCCAUAUGAAUUUGUGUUUUGUUUUUUAUUAAUGGACUGUCAUAUUCUGAUGUCAUUUUAAAUAAAUGGUUGGGUUACAGAGGGGCUAUCACAUGCUUUGAUGAAUACUGUAACUUAGGACCAUUCUAUAGUGUGGUUUUCUUAUUAAUCUUAUUCUUUCCCUAUUCUGGAACUUCUGAAUUGGUUUGUUUUCUGGGGCUAAGGCUGUUCCCCCUUUGGCAACCCUGGUAUAUAAAAGAAUCAGGAGGAAAUUGAUUGCUUGGCUCCGAGACUAGGGAAUUGGGGAUUGUGGCUGGCUAUUAGGAAAGAAAGCUCCUGCCCAAAGCAAAUGAAAUAGCCAAGGAGCCUAAAGUCUUCUUGGUCUGAGAGACUUCAUCUGCCCACCAUAGAGAAACCACUAUAAAGACAACGAGUAGAAGAGGACAAAGGGACAUACUUAAUGUGGAGGAAGUUUGUGGUGGGAGUAGAUUGGAGGUGAUGGGGAGUUGAAGAGAAAGCUGGAAGGAGGAUAGGUUAUGGCCAGAUUCUAAAAGACCUUGAUGCUAAUGUUGGGGGGCUGGAGUAGGAAUGGGGGGAGGGUAUCUGCAAUAUUUUCUUGUGCCUAAUUAAAUACAUCUUAAAGUCCCCUCGUAUCUUGGAGUGGAUGAUUCAUUAAGAUAGUUCAUUAUUCAAGCCUGGGGAUAACUUUAUGGGCAGAAGGCCUUGUAUAUUCUCAUUUGUCAUUGACGUCCUGCAGACUGGACCACGCUGAAAGAUGCCCAGUGCUCACUGGCAUUAGCUCUAGGACUAGUCCAAAGUGAGCAAGGAUGUACAAGCAGACAGUGGCUAGGCCCCUUCAUUGUAUUGGAGGGGAGAUUUUUGAAAAGCAUCCAUGUCCAGGGCUAGAGGGCACACAGGAAAAGUCUAAGCUUCCAAAGACUCCAGCUUAAAUUCUAAAGGUCGUUUCCCAACACCAUGGCAGAUGAUCUUAUUUUAAUUUAAUUUAACUCAACUCUAGUCAAUAAACAUUUAUUAAAUGUCUUCUAUUUGCAGAGCACACAUUGAGUACUAGGAGAGAUAAAAAGAUUAAAUAAAAACAUGGCUUUUGUCAUUGAGAUUAUAGAAACACAGAGAUAAUAUAACAUGUCAAGUCCCUGAAAAAUGAAAAAGGGUUACAUGAGUUCUAUAGGAGGGAAUUAUAACAUGAGGUUUCAUAAAGAUAGUCUGGCAUAGUGAAAAAAGAGCAGAAUUUUGAGUUGGAGGAUUGGAUUUGAAUCUCAGAUCUGACACAUUAGAAGGUAUAACUUUUGGCAGUCAUCAUGAGACCCAAGUUCUUUCAUAUGCAAAAUAAGGCAACUGUAAUUGAUCUGUACAGGUAAUUCCAGGCCUAGACCUUAUGAUGCUAGAAAAGGUAUUUGAGCUGGACUACAAAAAUAGGGGAAGUAUUAACGGGGAAAUUGCAAUUGGGGGAAAGACAACAUUCUACAGUUUAGGGAGAAGCAUGAGAAAAAAAUCUAAAAGUUAGCGAAUACAGGGGGUACACAAGAGAGGAUGGGAAAAAAGAUGGCAAAUUAUCCAGUUUACAUAGAACAUUGAGGGAAUAGAGUAUAGUAAGAGAAAAGAAUAAAAAAGUAGAGUGACCCUCAAGAUGAUAGAAAGCUGGGAUGCCAAUUAAAGUCUAAAUUUCACUCAGUUUAAUAGGAAGCCACUGGAGAGAUUUGAACAUAGAAGUGAUAUGACCCAUUUCUAUGAAUAAAGAAGACAUUAGUCUUGCAGAGUUUUGUUUUCUUCUGUUGAAGCAGGAACCCUGAUCCUAAUGAACCUAAAUGCCAGAAGCUGGGAAAGACCAUUAAUUAAGAGCCCUACAGAUUAAUCCUAUAGGUCAAUUGUUUUCAAACUUUUUCAUCUUAGGAUCUCUUGAUAUUUUAAAAACAUCAUUAAGAACCAAAAAGAGUUUUUAUUUAUAUGGGUAAUUUCUAUUGACAUCAACAUAUCAGAAAUUAAAACUGAUCAUUUUAGAAAAUAUUAAUUCAUUAAAAAUAAGCCCAUGAUGUUUAUAUAACAUUUUUAUGACAAAUAAAAACAAUUCAAAAGCAAAAACAAUUUAAUGAAAAGAGGCAUUGUUUUACAUAUUUUUGAAAUUUUCUUUAAUGUCUGGCUUAAUAGAAGAUAGUUGAAUUCUCAUAUCUGCUUUCUGCAUUCAAUCUGUUAUGUUAUUUUCAUUAAAGCAUAUGAAGAAAAUACAGCCUUCCACAGAUAUGUAUUUUGAAAAGGAAGUAGUAUUUUAAUAGACAAAUGAUGUCUUAAUAUUAUUGUGAAAAGAAUUGUGAGCUCACAAACCCCCUGACAGAGUCUCGGGGACUUUCAGGGGUCCAAAGACCAUGCUUUAGGGAAUAUAAUUAUGUUCUCUAAAAUAAUAUGAUUUUAUAUCAAAGUGCCACUACUCUGUAUGAACUUGUGUUUUGAAAACCACUGCUUGAGGCCAUGGCUCUUUGCUCCAUCCCUAACGCAUAAGACUUGUCACAAGGAACGACUGGGGGAGACCUAUUUGCAGGAGCCAUGGGGACCAUGCUUUCUUUACCUGCACUUUUUAUUGACUUUGCUUGCAAUGAGUCCCACUCAGGUUGGUUUUACUUUUCGUGACUCAGGUGGGAUAAAAAUCAGAGAUGAGCCAUUGCUAGCCAUGCUCCUUACUCAAAAAUUAUAAUGGUUUCUCUUUGCCUAUAGGAUAAAGUCCAAACUUCUCAAACUACCUUCAGAGUAGUUGACACAUGGACCCAUCCUGUCCUUACCUAUUCCAAUCUCUAUUGUUCCCCAGACUGACCUAUCCAUUUUCUACUUCUAUGUCUUUGCUGCUGUUGAGAUGUCUAUUCAAAUUGUACAGUCUUUCAAAGCCCAAUUUUAAUCCCACAGCAUGAGAGUACUACUAGAAUCAUAGAUUUAGGGCUAGAAGGGAUCCCAGAGAGGUUUCUGAUUAGGCCCAAAAUCACACAGGUUGUAAGUAAUUGAGCCAAUAUUUGAACUUGGGAUCCAAAUCCAGGGCCCUUUCCAUCAUGCUGUGCUUUCCUUGACCACUCAAACCUAUGUUUCUCUUUCUCUUCUCUGAAUGUCCAUGUAUUAAUUAUUUGUAUCACUCACGUUGGCAUGUAAUCACUUACUGCCUUGCUCUGUUAUUUCAGUUUCAUAGGUGUUUUUUUAUCUCUCCACAAAGACUGUAAGUUCUUUAAGGACAGGGAACUUAUACUUUUCUUUUACUUCUUAUAGCACCCGAUACAGUGCUGAGCACAUUGUAGGUGCUUAAUAAAGAUAAAUUGAAUUGAAUUGA